AUGGCAGCUGGUCUCAAAACGGUCAUUCUUCUUUCCUUCGUCCUCGCCGUCGGUUUCUUGAUGAUCAUCCUGUCGUGCGCCUUAUGGCACAACUGGCUGCCCUUACUCGUCGCACUCAUAUUCGUUCUUGCUCCCCUUCCAAAUGCCCUCUUCUCGCACUGCGGCGCAGACGACUUCUCGGGACACUACGAUAGCGCGGGACCAGUCGACCUCGGCCGCUUCAUAACCUCCAUGAUCGUCGUAACCGGCUUCGCGCUUCCCAUUGUAUUGGCACACUCAGAAGUCAUCCGGCCAGCGGCUUGUGCAAUGUCAAUUCUUGGCGGAGGACUUGUAUAUGGAACUAUCCUAGCAUAUUCAGCUGCGUUCAAGCAAGAAGAGUCGGACUACGACUAA